CGAGUCGCUCAGUCUCGUCUCAAACUCGUCCUCGGAAGGCUGUGCCGCCCCGCGCUAGGAUGUUCUGAUUAGAUCGCUACACGUGGUGCCGGCUAUCCUCACGUGAAUUCUACGAGGUAUCCAUUUGAAUCGCGGAUUUUCGUUUUCCUCGAUUCGGUCGUUUGUUCAGGGUCUCGGUUUCGGAAAAUGGUCUCGGCGACGAAUCUGGUGCAAGUUUUCGGGGUGGUCUGUCUGGCGGUGCGGAGUGUGUAUUGUGGGAGUUGCAAGGAGGCGAAGCUCUGCUGCCCGGGCAGGGACUCGUCGUGUGUCGUCCAGAAGGCGCCCAUCAACGCCAUCAUCGAGGAUCUGAGUGACAAGCCCUGCUACUGCGAUCACGCUUGCUUGAAGCUCGGGGACUGCUGCACCGACUUCAAACACGCUUGUGGAGGUACGGAUUCAUCACAUUGGUUUUCGGGAUGUUUACCGUUGGCAAAACCGGAGAAUAUCAGGAAAUGCGAUAUUGUCAUCAGGGGUGCAGAAUGUUAA